UAUGGUAAAUGAUCUUGCUAGGAAUAGUAAAAAUGUAUAAAUUAAAUAAUUUUAUAAGAAAGUUAAACAUUCUGGAUAUUUACAGAUGCAUUUGAGAUAAAACUAUGAUUGGAUACAUAGCGCUAUUUAUGCUCUACCAGGUUAAUGCAUACGAAAUAUUUUGUCCGAACAAUGAUGAAAAUGUAGCAAGAACAUGCUAUUAUCCAGCAGCUAUAUCAUCGUCAGACCAAGAAUUAUGUUGCUACAGUGUUGAACUGGACUAUUAUUAUUGUUGCCCUUUAAUUGAAAAUAGACGAAUGAUCAAUGGCAGAAAAAUAAGCGGAAUUAUUGCAGCUCUAGUAAUAUUAUUUUUAUUUAUUUUUUUUCUUUGCAUUAUCUGUACAAGAUGUCCUCUUCAUAAAUUAGUAAAAAAAAUCCAAAUACUUAUCACGAGAGGUAAUAAUUCAAUGAGAAAUGAUGAUACUGGAGGAGUUUCAGCCGAAGAUGUAUAAGGCCGUAUUAUAAAUUAAUGCAGUAAAUAUGUGUAUAUAUUAUCUGAAAUAUGUCAUUCGAUUAAUGUAUGCGUGUAUUUCUGUUGAAUGAAAAUUGAAGUAGUAUUACAAAAUCAGA